GCAAUUUCCAACCGUUGACUGUUCUAAAAAGAAAAAAGUGGAUGUUAGUUAACUGUUAUAUAAGAAAAGCUUUUAUACAAAAUGAAAGAAACAAGGUAAAACAAAGACUCCAAAACUCACCACCAGCAAAACAAUGUGGCACAAGAGUGAUAAAACCUACUACUAGUUAUACAGACUAUAGCAACAAUAACUUCAAACAUGGUACCAAAAGUGAUAAAAUCCUUACUAGCGAUUCUCUAAUUAUAGAAACACAAACA